UGCAUGCUCAGAGCAGCGGCAGAUUCAAACUGGAAAGAACCACAAUCCAGGGGUUUUAAAUCGCAUCAGAGAAAUCUCACAGCCAGAGAAAACCAUGAACUGCAAAAUGACAGUCAUCGUGCUUUUUGUCUGCCUGACUUAUGCUGCUCUCUCAGAAGGGAUGAGUUUGAAAAGUCUCGGGACGGAGCUGCGUUGUCAGUGCAUCAAUAAGGAAAGCCGGUUCAUCCACCCCAAACUGAUCCAGAAUGUGGAGCUCAUUCCCAGCGGACCGCACUGCGCAAAUACCGAAGUCAUCGCUACCAUGAAGACAGGCAAGAAAAUCUGCUUGGAGCCCACUGCCCCCUGGGUCAAGAUCCUCAUCAAGGCCAUCAUGGAAAACCAAAAAAAUGCGACUUUAAAAGCCCUGAAUGCUCAGAGCUCAGAGCAGCGGUCGAUUCAAACCAGACAGAGUCAGGAACAAAGAGCCUUGAGUCGCACUACAGAAGUCUCACAUCAAGACAAAACCAUGAACGGCAAAACUAUAACCUGUGUGAUUUUUAUCUGCCUGACUUGUGCCGCUCUUACAGAAGGGAUGGCACUGAAAAGCCUGGGGACGGAGCUGCGUUGUCAGUGUAUCAAUAAGGAAAGCCGGUUCAUCCACCCCAAACGGAUCCAGAACGUGGAGCUCUUUCCCAGCGGUCCGCACUGUGGGAAUGCUGAAGUCAUCGCUACCAUGAAGACAGGCAAGAAAAUCUGCUUGGAGCCCACUGCCCCCUGGGUCAAGAUCCUAAUCAAGGCCAUCAUGGAAAACCAAAAGCUCUGAGGACUUCUUGAAGAAAUGCAGAGAGGACAGCUUGUAUUCAGACUCAGGAGAUUAAAUGAAGGACAUGAAAAAAUACAUGUC